AUGAACUUAAAAAAGCUUAUCAUAUUCUUCUUGUUACUUUUUCUAACGAAUUUGUGCGGCCUAAUACUGGCUAGCAAUUAUGAUCAAUACAUAGAUAGAUUGAUAAAUGAUGGAAAAUUAUUAUAUGAUGAUUAUAUAAAACAGAAUCCUAGUUUACAAUCAACAUUAGAACGUUUAUAUUCAAUGGAACAUCCAAUUUUUCAAGAAGAUUAUCCAGAAAAUUAUGAAAUUACUGAUAAACAAUGGAAUGCUUUAUUAAAUGAAAUCAAUCAAGCUAAAUUAGGCAAACUACAAGAAAAUGAUAUUGAUAAAUCAAAAUUCAUUUAUUCAAAUUUCGACGAAAAAUCAAAUGAUAAUGAUGAAUUAAAUCCAAAUAGAAAUAAUAUUAAUGAAGUUUUAAAUGAACCAAGUUUAACAGAACGUCGAAAUGAAAUUGCUUAUCAAAAUUCUCUAUGGGGUGAACAUAAAGUUUCUGGAGGUUCCAGUGAAACAGGUCAAUGGAUAGAUUAUGCUUUAUUAGGAGCUGAAGCACAAGAUAAAACAGCUAAUAAUUUAAAUCUAUCUAGUGAACUGGAAUCAUCUCAUAUAGAAUCUAAAUUUGAUAAUUUACCUGCUUAUUGUGAUCCACCAAAUCCAUGUCCAUUAAAUUAUAAAUCAAAUGAUUUACCAACACCAUGUGAUCAAGAUAUUGAAGAUACCAUUGAAUUUAAUCGACAUUGGAUAAUAAGAAAAAUGCAAAAUGGUGAAUGUUCAUGUGAUAAUGAACAUAUGGAUAACUGUCCAGUCGAAUCAAAUGAACAUGGACAUAAAACUAAUUUUGUGUCUGGACAAAAUACUGAUGGGAAAAUUUUCUUGGUAAAUCCAUAUCUACGAGGAGAAAGUCGUAAAAGGCUGGUAGCUAAAAAACGAGUUAAACGUUCACACAAUUAUCGUUAUAAUCCUUAUUUAUUGGGUAGUGUUCAUAAAACUGCAGUGAAGAAAAUUGGACCAUAUAAACCAUCACAAGAAAAGUAUAUGUAA